AUGGAAGAGAACCUGAAGAGCCAGGCAUCUGAAGUAAGGGAAGCUCUGAGUAGCAGGAUCAGCAAGAUACUUGGGAAUUCAUCUGAAAUGGGUGUCCUGAAAGAUGGGCAAGUGGUAACUAAGCUGUUGCAUAAAGCCAGAAUGAGAAUAUCAGUGCACCUCCAGAUUUGCUUGGCAACGCUGGAUCACACUACAUUUACCGAUACAUCAAUUUCGGAAUAUGAAAUUGAUCGGGCCGCACUAACUAUUGCCCAUGCAAUAGUCAAUCCCAUCAAUGUUGAUUGGGAUGUGGAUCGAUACGCUGACAGGGUCAACUUGUCUCAACCAAAUCGGGACGGGUCAGCAACCUCUGAACCAGAAAGGCUCAAGAAGUACUUCCCUGAGGCAGUGCUUGGCAAAAUUUCAACUCCGGCCACCCUUGUGGACAGGCAUGGCAGAAUCUUGAUGGUUUACCUGCCCAAUAUUUUGUCACCUUCUCGUCUAGAUUACAUUAACAAUGCCACCUCAAGCUUACGGGAUUCUCUUCUUGACACCCUGCCGCCCAUUUCAGAUCAAAAGAAAAGUUGGCGAGAUGAUGGCUUUGUGCUGCCAGAGGGAGGGGGCGAAUUUGGGGCUGGUAGGAUUACUGUGUCUCCUGCAUAUUUCAUGCAAAGACAAGAGCGAUUGAUAGAUCCUCUGGUAACGUCCGAGUCUUACAACUCAAAGAAGGUCCAACAAUGGCUAGGUGCCUUGACAACUUCAGAACUUCUAUGGAACUCCAUUACUGCAGCAGUGGCACCAGACCUUUUUGAAUCAGGCUCCUCUGCAUUUUCCAAGGUUGUCAAGGAAGUUCAGAGGCGAAAAAAGAAUUCGGCUCCGGUGGAUUCUUGGCCCUCUAUCUUUUCAGGGUUGGAAAUCAUUGCCAACCGAACAACCUUCAGCCACAGAGAUCCUGGUGGAUCUCCUUCACUUUUUGAUCUUCUAACUAUUCCCCUGGUGCAAUGGUCUACAUCGCCGGUAGGGUACUGGAGCACUCUGUGGGUCCUUGGAUUAAUGGAGAAAGAAUUGUGGUUGCCCAUUUUAUGA